AUGGGACUACGUGACUCGACCCGAACGCUCUUACGCAAGCUUCGAGGACGUGAUAUCAAGCAGGAAGAGGCUCAACAACUUCAGCCUGUGGCCCUUGCAGGUGCAAGUAAACGCUCGACGAAUCGCUCGGAACUCUGCAGCUCGUUUGCCGCGACAACGAUGAGUCGUGAAGAGCUCGAAGGUCGACGAAAGGCCGUGAGCGAAGGCAAUGCCAAGUGGGAACAGUGUGGCAUGUGUACGCGUAGUUUUGUAGUCGGCACUAGUCGCUACGCGGAUUUCUGUUCGCUUGAUUGCAAGUCUGCAGCACUUUACACUCAGUCAGCACGUGUUUACCGAAGACGUUAUCGUAACGCAUGA